AUGAAGCCCUCGGCCCCUGAGCAUGCUUGUAACGAAUGUCGGAUUCGGAAGGUUCGAUGCGACAGGAAAUCGCCCUUGUGCUCUAGUUGUCGCAAGUCAGGGUUGGUCUGUCAAUACACUAAGGGGAAGCGGAUUGAUCAUACCAAGAAGCUAGUAGAAGAUGUUCAAUCACUCGCAAUUCGUUUGCAACGAUUUGAAGAAGCCCUUGUUCGAUUCUCAUCUAUCGUACAAGCCUCCACCUCGCCUCUCAGCAGUUUCUCGACCACCUCUUAUAGCCCAAAUACUCGACGAUCGAGUGUCCGGGGAUUAUGUAGCAAUUCCAGUACGUCCGAGGAAAGCCAGACAGAUAAAUUGGUUGCUGAGCCUUUGGGGAGUGAUGGGUACGGGCAACUGAGCUCAAUCUAUGCCGAAGCUCAAGCUGCCGGUGACCAGUUUGCCUUGUCAUUGCCACUAUCAAACAGUCUCGGGCCAUUAAUCUUCUCCCCUAGCUCGGUGCUGCAAGCUCAGCUUGCCAGUGCAUGUGCGCUCUUCCAGAAACUGGUCACGGACAAACCUCCACUGUUGGAUUUUCUCCAAUAUGAUGACCAGCCGUCUUGUCUUCCACCACGAGCCUUCCUGGAAGCCUUCAUCGACACAUACUUUGCCGAGAUCAGUUCAUUGCUCCCCAUAUACGACCGACAGAGCGUUCUGACGGCCAUGCGGACUCAGUACGAAACCCUGGACGUUCCUGAUCCAGCCUGGAUUGUAUCGCUCAACAGCAUCCUCCUUCAGACAUUGGAAGGAAAGUCCACUGCAGCGAAGAAGACGGGCAUGAUACCUUUAGAAGCGGGCCUUAUCACCCACCUAUUGCAGAAUAUCCGGCGAUGCUUCAACAAUCUCCAAAGGCUACUAGAACCGCGUAUGGCAAAUGUGCAAGCCCUCUUGAACCUGGCUUUGGUUGCUCUCAGGUACUUCCACUUUACAUUAUUCGAGACUGUCUUCACCCAGGCCUGUGAGCUCGCCAAGUCGAUGGGGCUACACCGGAGCAUGGGCAAGCCAUGCGCUGAGGGUCGGAAUCUGUUCUGGUCUCUCUUCAUUAUAGAUAAACACACAUCCCUGAUAACCGGCACACCAUGCCUCUUGCCAUCCUAUGACGUUGGUAUCCCGCUUCCCACCAGCUCCGGCAUUCUACUCAGCGAUCAAUUCGAUGCGCGCAUCUCCCUCGCUCGGAUUCAUGAAAGAAUCUCUCGCAGUCUUUACGCCGGUAUUCCGUGCGUCAGUCGGAAAUGCCUGAGGCGGCGUGCCUAUAAGCUUGUUCGACGCCUCAACGACUGGACCACCCAGCACAGUCACAUUCUCUACCCCCCAGCCAGCACCACCACUACUGCACAGCAGGCCAUCGAACUCCGAUACGCCCUCUGCAUCUGCCAUGUGCUAGUGCAGCGCUGUAUACCUGCCUCGGAGAGUCGCCAGAUUCGACUUGAGCAUGCUCGCACGGGGCUACAGCUUCUUCAGGAACUGUGUGAGGGAUACCAUCCGGGAGACAGCAUUUCCGGCUUCGCCAUCUUUGAAAGCAUCUUACUACGUUACCCCAUUGUCCCCUUUCUCGAAGUCUACAUCCACCUCCUCAACCCCGAAGACAAUGACAGUCCAGCUGUCGUGACUUCCGAUGUCAAUGCCCUGGUUUUCUUCGCUACACGUGCGGAGUGUCUUGCUACAAACGCUUGUGAAGGCUCUCUUGCCGAUACUGUCCGCUCUAUAUCUCAGCUAUGUAGUCAGAUUGCUACUUCGAUUCUUCAGCAGAACCGGCGUCUUCAAGCACAACCAACAACACCGAAUAACUAUUGCAUUGACUAUGGCGGCAUAAUUGUCAGGGAUUAUGAUUUCGGAAUGAUGAUGGAUGGGCAUGGUAGCUACCGUAGAUACGAUGAUGUGUGGUGUUGA